CCGCCCACACUUGAGCCCCUCCCACCAGGACAGGCUUCCUCCGAGUCCGGAGCUGAGAAGGGACCCCGACCUACCGCCGGAGGCAUUGAGGACCCGAGGACUCUCAGGUUUUACAGACGCUAGAGUGCCAAAGAAGACCUUUGAAGUGUGAAAAGAUUUCCUGUAAUUGAAACCAAAAUGUCAUUUAUAGAUCCUUAUCAGCACAUUAUAGUGGAACACCAGUAUUCCCACAAGUUUACGGUAGUGGUGUUACAUGCGACCAAAGUGACAAAGGGGGCCUUUGGUGACAUGCUUGAUACUCCAGAUCCCUAUGUGGAACUUUUUAUCUCUACAACCCCUGACAGCAGGAAGAGAACAAGACACUUCAAUAAUGACAUAAACCCUGUGUGGAAUGAGACCUUUGAAUUUAUUUUGGACCCUAAUCAGGAAAAUGUUUUGGAGAUUACGUUAAUGGAUGCCAAUUAUGUCAUGGAUGAAACUCUAGGGACAGCAACAUUUCCUGUAUCUUCUAUGAAGGUGGGAGAGAAGAAAGAAGUUCCUUUUAUUUUCAACCAAGUCACCGAAAUGAUUCUAGAAAUGUCUCUUGAAGUUUGCUCAUGCCCAGACCUACGAUUUAGUAUGGCUCUGUGUGAUCAGGAGAAGACUUUCAGACAACAGAGGAAAGAAAACAUAAGAGAAAGCAUGAAGAAACUUUUGGGUCCAAAGAAUAGUGAAGGAUUGCAUUCUGCACGUGAUGUGCCUGUGGUAGCCAUAUUGGGUUCAGGUGGGGGUUUCCGAGCCAUGGUGGGAUUCUCUGGUGUGAUGAAGGCAUUGUACGAAUCAGGAAUUCUGGAUUGUGCUACCUACGUUGCUGGUCUGUCUGGCUCCACAUGGUACAUGUCAACCUUGUAUUCUCACCCCGAUUUUCCAGAGAAAGGGCCAGAGGAGAUUAAUGAAGAACUAAUGAAAAAUGUUAGCCACAACCCCCUUUUACUUCUCACACCACAGAAAGUUAAAAGAUAUGUUGAGUCUUUAUGGAAGAAGAAAAGCUCUGGACAGCCUGUCACUUUUACUGAUAUCUUUGGGAUGCUAAUAGGAGAAACACUAAUUCAUAAUAGGAUGAAUACUACCUUGAGUAGUUUGAAGGAAAAAGUCAAUACUGCACAGUGCCCUUUACCUCUUUUCACCUGUCUUCAUGUCAAGCCCGACGUUUCAGAGCUGAUGUUUGCAGAUUGGGUUGAAUUUAGUCCAUACGAAAUUGGCAUGGCUAAAUAUGGUACUUUUAUGGCUCCUGACUUAUUUGGAAGCAAAUUUUUUAUGGGAACAGUUGUUAAGAAGUAUGAAGAAAACCCUUUGCAUUUCUUAAUGGGUGUCUGGGGCAGUGCAUUUUCCAUAUUGUUCAACAGAGUUUUGGGCGUUUCUGGUUCACAAAGUAGAGGCUCCACAAUGGAGGAAGAAUUAGAAAAUAUUACAACAAAGCAUAUUGUGAGUAACGAUAGCUCGGACAGUGAUGAUGAAUCACACGAACCCAAAGGCACUGAAAAUGAAGAUGCUAGAAGGGACUACAACAGCGAUAAUCAAGCAAGUUGGAUUCAUCGUAUGAUAAUGGCCUUGGUGAGUGAUUCAGCUUUAUUCAAUACCAGAGAAGGACGUGCUGGGAAGGUGCACAACUUCAUGCUGGGCUUGAAUCUCAAUACAUCUUAUCCACUGUCUCCUUUGAGUGACUUUGCCACACAGGAUUCCUUUGAUGAUGAUGAACUGGAUGCAGCUGUAGCAGAUCCUGAUGAAUUUGAGCGAAUAUAUGAGCCCCUGGAUGUCAAAAGUAAAAAGAUUCAUGUAGUGGACAGCGGGCUCACAUUUAACCUGCCGUAUCCCUUGAUACUGAGACCUCAGAGAGGGGUUGAUCUCAUCAUCUCCUUUGACUUUUCUGCAAGGCCAAGUGACUCCAGUCCCCCGUUCAAGGAACUUCUACUUGCAGAAAAGUGGGCUAAAAUGAACAAGCUCCCUUUUCCGAAGAUCGAUCCUUAUGUGUUUGAUCGGGAAGGGCUAAAGGAGUGCUAUGUCUUUAAACCCAAGAAUCCUGACAUGGAGAAAGAUUGUCCAACGAUCAUCCACUUUGUUCUGGCCAACAUCAACUUCAGAAAGUACAAGGCUCCAGGUGUUCCAAGGGAAACUGAGGAAGAGAAAGACAUUGCUGACUUUGAUAUUUUUGAUGACCCAGAAUCACCAUUUUCAACCUUCAAUUUUCAAUAUCCAAAUCAAGCAUUCAAAAGACUACAUGAUCUCAUGUACUUCAAUACUCUGAACAACAUUGAUGUCAUAAAGGAAGCCAUGGUUGAAAGCAUUGAAUACAGAAGACAGAAUCCGUCUCGUUGCUCCGUUUCCCUUAGUAAUGUUGAGGCAAGAAGGUUUUUCAACAAGGAGUUUCUAAGCAAACCCAAAGCAUAGUUCAUGUGCUGGAAAGGGCAGCAGUUUAUGAUGCUGAGGCAGUUUGCAAUUCCGUGACAACUGGAUUUAAAAGUACAGAUAGUUGUACUGCUCAUGAAAGACUGGCUGAUACUCAGAGUUGCAGUGACUUAGCUGCAUGCUAUUAUAAGGUGGUUAGGUUGACAAACAAUGUUGAUUAUGUAAGGAUAUACUUAGCUACAUUUUCAGUCAGUAUGAAUUUCCCGAUACAAAUGUAGGGAUAUAUACUGUCUUUUUAAACAUUUCUCACCAACUUUCUUAUGUGUGUUCUUUUUAAAAAUGUUUUUUUCUUUUAAAAUAUUUAACCGUUCAAUCUCAAUAAGACUUCCCAUUAUGUGUGAAUGAUAUUCACUGACUAGACUUAUCCCAUGAGACAACACUAUUUUUAUUUAUAUAUGCAUAUAUAGACAUAUGAAAUAAAUACAUUAAUGUACAAAUAAGCAUGAGAUA